GCAUCUAAAACAUCUCUAAAAUUCCUUGUUUUAGGUGGCGUGUGCAUUUCACAGUCAGUCAAGAUUCCCCGGGAGCCAAAACAGGGCGAGUUCGACAAGGUCAUCCGAAGACUCAGGGAGAAUCCCAAUGCGAGGGUCGUCAUACUUUUCGCCAACGAAGAUGAUAUCAGGCGGCUUCUCCACGCGGCAAAAAAGGCCAACCAGACGGGACAUUUCAUCUGGGUGGGUUCAGACAGCUGGGGCUCAAAGAUCUCUCCAGUGGUGCAGCAGGAGGAGAUGGCCGAGGGAGCCGUGACCAUCCUGCCUAAACGCCAGUCCAUCAGAGUGAACCCAUUGAUCUGCUCAGGGUUUGAUCGUUACUUCAUCAGCCGAACGCUGGAAAACAACAGAAGGAAUAUCUGGUUUGCGGAGUUCUGGGAGAACAACUUCAGCUGCAAACUCAGCCGUCAUGCAGUGAAGAAAGGCUCCGGACUCAAAAAGUGCACAAAUCAGGAGCGAAUAGGGAAGGACUCUCACUAUGAGCAGGAGGGAAAAGUGCAGUUUGUCAUCGAUGCCGUCUAUGCAAUGGCUCAUGCUUUGCACAACAUGCACCAGGAACUCUGUCCAGGGAAGUUGGGUCUCUGUGCCAAAAUGGAUCCCAUCAAUGGUACCCUUCUCCUCAAGCAUAUCCGACGGCUGAACUUUUCAGGAAUAGCUGGUAACCCGGUGCUCUUCAACGAAAAUGGUGAUGCCCCAGGACGUUAUGACAUCUACCAAUACCAGAUCAAAAACAGAACAGCGGAGUAUAAAGUCAUCGGUAACUGGACGGACCAACUCCACCUAAAUAUGCGUUCGAUGCAGUGGCCGGGCGGUGGCCGUCACGUCCCCUCCUCGAUAUGCAGCCAUCCCUGUCAGCCCGGCGAGCGGAAGAAGAUCGUGAAGGGGAUCCCUUGCUGUUGGCACUGCGAGCGUUGUGACGGCUACCAGUAUCAGGCAGACACCUACACGUGUAAGAUGUGCCGUUUUGAUUUGCGGCCCAACGGGAAUCACACCGGCUGCGUUCCAAUCCCCAUUGUGAAACUGGAGUGGAGCUCCCCCUGGGCGGUCAUCCCCGUGCUCAUCGCGGUGGUCGGCAUCAUGGCCACGCUGUUCGUGGUCGUCACCUUCGUCCGUUACAACGACACGCCGAUUGUGAAGGCGUCGGGCAGGGAGCUGAGCUACGUGCUGCUGACCGGCAUCUUUCUCUGUUACGCCACCACGUUCCUGAUGAUUUCCACCCCUGAUGUGGGAAUCUGCUCGCUCCGCAGGAUUUUCCUGGGUCUGGGGAUGAGCAUUAGUUAUGCCGCUCUGCUCACCAAAACAAAUCGCAUUUACCGCAUCUUCGAGCAGGGCACCAUGUCUGUGAGCGCUCCCAGGUUCAUUUCCCCAGCCUCCCAGCUCAUCAUCACGUUCACACUGGCCUCUGUGCAGCUUCUGGGGGUGUGCAUCUGGUUUGGCGUGGAUCCCUCGAAGGCCAUUAUCGACUACGAGGACCAGAGGACAUCUAACCCAGCGAUGGCCCGCGGCGUGCUCAAGUGUGACAUCUCUGACCUGUCUCUCAUCUGCCUGCUGGGCUACAGUAUGUUGCUCAUGGUCACCUGUACAGUCUACGCCAUCAAAACGAGAGGGGUGCCCGAGACCUUCAAUGAGGCCAAGCCCAUCGGUUUUACCAUGUACACCACCUGCAUCAUAUGGCUAGCAUUCAUCCCAAUCUUCUUUGGCACCUCACAGUCCACAGAAAAGGUAAGCUUAAAAAAAAAAAAUCACUUAUUUAAUCUUGUUUUUUCCGGUUCUGAGCUCGGCUGA